CCUUGCCUGGGAGCUUAACAAAUCGAUUCUCACUUGCUCGAAUAUUUCGCUAGUUCCCCCUUCUGCUAGUAGCUUCACUGGCAUAAGGCCAAAUGUUCGCGACGAGGAGUCUCUCGAGACAUUGCUCGAGAACUUGUAAAUGGUCCUUAUCCUCCCUCCUUCAAUCCGAUUCCUGCAGGAAUCUGGUUUUGUCAUCGAAUCCGGUUACAAGGAAUGCGAUGCUGCAGCCUGGUAGCUCAACUGAAGGCGGUUCCAAUUCGUUUCCGCCAUUGAUGCAUUUCAAGGGAUGGUCACGAGCUAUGUCAACAUCGAGAGGAAGGAGCAUGAGGAGUAAAGUGGAGAGUAGAAUGCGGAAAGAGUCUGGUAAGACGCUAAGAGAGAUUAGGAGAGCUAAAAAGUUGAAGAAGAAACUCAUGACUGACGAAGAAAGGCUCAUUUACAACCUCAAAAGGGCGAAGAAGAAAGUUGCGCUUCUGUUGCAAAAGCUCAAGAAGUACGAUCUUCCUGAGCUGCCAUCUCCGGUGCAUGAUCCCGAGCUUUUCACACCAGAGCAGGUCCAAGCGUUCAAGAAAAUCGGAUUCAAGAAUAAAAACUAUGUUCCCGUUGGAGUUCGUGGAGUCUUUGGAGGAGUGGUCCAAAACAUGCAUAUGCACUGGAAGUUUCAUGAGACGGUGCAAGUUUGUUGCGAUAACUUCCCAAAGGAAAAGAUAAAAGAGAUGGCGACCAUGAUAGCUAGACUGAGCGGUGGUGUAGUCAUAAAUAUACACAAUGUAAAAACCAUUAUUAUGUUCCGUGGUAGAAACUACCGUCAGCCCAAGAACCUAAUCCCUGUCAACACCCUCACAAAACGAAAGGCUUUAUUUAAAGCGAGAUUCGAACAAGCUCUUGAAUCCCAGAAGCUGAACAUAAAGAAAACAGAACAGCAGCUAAGGCGAAUGGGUGUUAACCCGGAAGAUCCGGUUGCCAUGGCUAGCAUCCAGAGAGUGGCCUCAACGUUCUUCAAUGCAAUCGACAAGAAAGAAGGAAGCCCGUAUGUCUUCCAUGGAGAUAAACAAUCACCAAGAGGGACUAGCGUCGUAAAUACAGAAGUAUCAGAGCCAGAGCCGGGUGAUGAAGAUAGUGACCAGGAAGAGCUAGACAGAUUCAUAGCUGAGAUUGAAGACGCAGCAGACAAGGAGUGGGAGGAAGAGGAAGCUGCGGAGCAAGAGGAAUCUGGUAGAAUAAGGUAUUGGAACCGAGAAGAGUUUGCAGGAAGAAGCAGAGGACCUGACAUGCGUAAUUAUGGAGACUCAGGUCAUGGCUUUAGAAGAAAUGAAAGGGAUACACGUAGUCAGAGGAGAUCUAACGAUAGUGAUGACGAUGAUGAUGAUGACAGUGAUCAAUUGGAUUCUGAGGAUGAUGAAAUUCCAAAGAGAUUUGAUAGAGCAAGACCAAAUACAAGAAGGCAGGGAGAAGAUUUUAAGAGAAGAAGCCCUGAUCCUAGACCUCGAGUGAGGAGUGAUGAUGACGAUGUGUUGAGUGAUCUUGAUAACACAAUGUGGGACUCGGAAGAUGAAAAAGAUGCACCGGGCAAUUAUAUUUCGAGCAGCGAUGAGGAUGAAGAUGUGAACAGGACAGUAUCGGCAUCUAAACAACGGACAUUCAAGAACAAUAAUAGUUCAAGAGAUGGUAUCAACAAUUCAAAGACGAAGAGUGGAAAACAGAGGGACGAGGAUUGGGAUAGUGAUUAGAAAUGAAGAAGAUGAGAUCACAGAGUCUCCUAUGUUAUUUUUAUUUGUCAUCCGAUUAUUAAAUGAGAACUGAAAGAUGUGAAACUCUGGUCUGAAUAUUGAAAGCUGGUAUUUCUGUUGUUAAGUUCGGUUCGUGAUGAUUCAGUGGAAAACACAGAACAAGAUAUGCCAAAGCUCUGUUUCACUGCAUCUGUAAUUCAAGUUCAGGUUUUGCAGUGGCAAAUUAUGAGAAGAAAAAAGACUGUUAUUUUCAGUCAGAAGUUGUAUUGUUUUUGUUAUCUUAUCCUAAUUGCUUUACUAGUUCGUAAAAGUCGACUUUAGAGAUUGG